GUCCCGGAGACACCAAGGACCUGCUGGCAGCUGUAGCUUUUCCCUCAGUUAAUAUGGCUGCGGGCCGCUAGGCCUUCGCUCCGACAGCGGUGGGCAAGGGCAGGCAGGGCACGGGGAGGCUUUGCCGACGUCCCGCCAGCGAUGGCGCUUCAGCCGCGGUUCUGGAAGGGCCUGUCUGUUUGCAGGAACCUGGAGUGUGGGCUCGCAGCCCUCUCAACCAGUUCCACGCCCGCGAUUCAGCACGAAGUGGAGACGAAGGAAAACGAGGCUGUGGCCCCCGAGUUCAUCAACCGGAACCCUCGGAAUCUGGAGCUCUUAGGUGUAGCCAGGAAAGAACGGGGCUGGGCUACAGUGUGGCCCAGCCGGGAGUUCUGGCACAGGUUGCGAGUUAUAAAGACUCAGCAUCACGUAGAAGCACUGGUUGAGCACCAAAACGGCCAGGUGGUGGUUUCGGCAUCUACUCGUGAAUGGGCUAUUAAAAAACACCUUUACAAUACCAGAAACGUGGUGGCUUGUGAGAGCAUAGGACGUGUGUUGGCACGGCGCUGCCUAGAAGCAGGAAUCAACUUCAUGGUCUACCAGCCAACCCCUUGGGAGGCAUCCUCAGACUCGAUAAAGUGUUUACAGAAUGCCAUGACAGAGGGCGGUGUGGUGCUUCAGGAACCUCGGAGAAUCUAUGAAUGAAGUAGAAGCAUGAACUGCUUUGAAAGAAUAAACAUAAGACUAUCAGCUACUUGAGCCGUCCAAAGAAAGCAUCUGCCUCUGAAAACAGAGAAAAGCAUUUGGAAGGAAAACCAGACUGAAAGCUUCAUAGCAAUAAUGUAACAGUGGAAAAUUUUUUAAAGUGAGCCUCUUCCCACUUCUUUGUGCUUGUGUGGUUUUAUUUUAAUUGAGGACUAAACUUGCCCUCUUUCGUGGACAUCAGUACUUAAAAGCAGUUACACCCAUUUGAAGAGCAAAUUAAAACAUUUAUAACGAACUCUGAA